CUUAACGGACAAUUGAAACCUCGUAGACAGCAGAAACCGCAGACAUAUUUUUCAGAUUCAAUUGCAUCUUGCAUGUACAAUUUGUAAUUUAAUUUAGGCAUUUAACGAGUGCCUAAUUUGCAAAUGUACAGCAACAGAGUUUGUCACAACGGUUAACUUAUUGACUACUUUUCUGCGUGAUAUUUGUGAACGUGAGUGCAUUUCAAUGUCGUUGUGAGAUGUUGUUCCUGCUGUCAAUAUUGUUUUGGUUCCUACUCUACAAGCUACUAAACAGUGUCUCUUUCUGUGGCAAGGAUUCUCCAGAAUGGAAUUGCAGACUGGUGACUUUGCUACAUGGGGUAUUUUGUCUCUUCUCAACUGCAAUGUCGACGUUGGUGUUCGGACCUUGGCCGUUUACUGAUCAGGGUGGGUUGAAUACGCCCCUGGAGAACUUCAUAGUCAUAGUGUGUCUGGGCUACUUCCUGUUUGAUUUCGCCUGGUGUCUCAUCCAGCCCAGCAAGGAAUCCAGGGUCAUGUUCAUUCAUCACCUCAUCAGCAUAGCCUCUCUGGCCUAUGUGUUAUACACUGAGCACAGUGGGACCGAAUUGAUGGGAACUAUAUUUGGAGCGGAAGCUAGCAACCCCUUUCUACAGAUUCGAUGGUUUCUAAAAGAGCUCGGCUUGAAGGAAACGAAACUGUACGAAGUGAACAACAUAGUGUUCGUGUUAGUCUUCUUCAUCUUCCGAAUCAUUCUUGGCUCACACCUUCUUAUCACCACCCUCCUCCACCCCAAACCCACCCUCAUCAUCAAAGUGGGGGGCAUAGGACUUUAUUUAGUGGGGUGGAUAUUCAUGUAUGAUAUUGCUCUAUACAUGCGUCACUUCUUCGGCUCGAAAGCGAAGCGCAAACAGAGCCAAUCAGAUGCUGCCAUUGACAUCAACCCAAAUGCUGCCGAGGAGAAAUUACAAAGUUCUGAAAUAAUGGAAUCUUCCACUUACAAAAACGGAAUGAAUGUGCGAAAUGGAAUCGUACAUGCAAUUGCUAUGUCGUAAAGCUAAUGAACAAUUAACCAAGAAAAGGUAUUGAUUGAUAAAUUUUAUUAAUCCUUAAGUUGAUUCGAAUCCUUAUUUGCCUUUGAAGUGUCUUAAAGCUCAAAUCAAAUGAUGAUCAGUUUCUUCAUAAAUAUCGAAUCAUAUAUUUUUAAGUGUAAAUUUGUAUUUACAUUUGUGGAUUGUCCCCAAUUGACAAAUUUUUCCUUCA